GUCCCCACCAAUUACUAUCAUCCUUCGCGGCUCUCUCUCUCUCUCUCUUCCAACUCAACUUCUUCGAAGCAGGGCCCCACCACUCUCCACUGCUGCACCAACAACUACCAUGACCACCAUCACUCAACCCACGGCGGCGCUCUCCCCGGACUCCGCCGCAUCCUCCCCGCUCUCCCGCAACCACAACUCCUGGGACGCCGAUCCCUCGCCGCAGGCCGCCAAGCUCCGCCUCAUGUGCAGCUACGGCGGCCGCAUCGUCCCCCGCCCCCACGACAAGACUCUCUGCUACGUCGGAGGCGACACGCGCAUCAUCGUCGUCGACCGCCACACCUCCCUCGAAGCUCUCCACCGCCGCCUCUCCAGAACGCUCCUCAGCAACCAGCCCUUCUCCCUCAAGUACCAGCUCCCCACCGAGGACCUCGACUCGCUCAUCACCAUCACCUCCGACGAGGAUCUCGACAACAUGAUGGAGGAGUACGACCGCCUCCACAAUGCCGCCCCCGCGGCCAAGGCCGGCCGCCUGCGCCUCUUCGUGUUCCCCAAAUCGGCGAUGAGCAUCGAUCAGCUCCUCGUUCAGAAUACGUCGAGCAAGCCGGAGGACUGGUUUUUCAACGCGCUUAACGGAAAAUCGAGCAAUCAGUCUACUACUGCUGCGAGCGAUCGCGGAUUUUCGGACUCGUCUUCGGUCAAUAAUCUGCUCGGAUUGGACGAUGACUUCGCCGAGAAGGCGGCGGAGAAGGACGCCGAGCUCAAAAUUGAGGCGCCGAAAAUUGGGGGAAAUGCCAACGGAGUCGCGAAUGGCAAUUACGUAAUUAAUCAGGACGUGCACUCGAUUCCAGAUUCCCCUAUGCUCGAUACGACGUCGUCGUUCGGUUCCGCCUCGAGCUCUCCGUCUGUCCCCAACUUGCCGCGUAUAAAGGUCCAUGUGGAGGAGAAUCGCAAGGUCGGAGGUUUGGGAAUUGAGGAGCAGUUUCAGCAGAUAAGCGUUAAUCCGCCGUCGCAGAAGCAGGAGCAAGAGGCUUUCACGGCUGCCGGAGCAGCGAAUUCUCCGUUUCCGGUAGCGGCUGGUGGCGAGUAUCGGUUUGUUUCCGAUGACGAGAGAUCGGAUCACGGUGGACAGAGAAAGGCGCAGCAGAUUUCUCACUUUCAGCAGAAACAAACAAAUGCUUUUGAUCCAUCCUCUCCACAUUCGGUUUCGAGUGAUGGAAGUGGAGCAAAUCAAUUGCACAGGCAGAGACAAGCUAUUUAUCACCAAGAACAACCCAUACAAAUUCAAUCUGGAAACAGCAGAGCUCCUUCUAAUCAGGCCGAUUUCAACUCUGUGGAUCAAGCAAACGCCCAAAUUCAGAUGCAACCACAGCUUCAGGAAUCUGGUUAUCAGAUUCAACCCGAGCUGCAUCAGCCACAGCAGUUCAUUCAAGCUGGUAACCAUUAUAUCCCGUCUAAUGCAGCUCCAAUCACGUCGUAUUAUCCCGUAUAUCCUCCCCAGCCGCAACCCCAUCCACACCAACCCGUGCUUGAUCAGCAUUACCCUGUUUACUAUGUGUCUGGGACUGGUAGACCAACCCCAGCUUAUAAUUUGCCAAUGCAGCAACCUGGUUAUAGCGAAUUAGGCCAAACUGCGCCUUCCAGCCACCCUCAAACGGCACCUGUGGCCCCACCGGCAGCUUACAAUCAUGCCAGGAAUGUUCCUUCAUCCCAACCAGAACUGGUUAGUGGUUUGUAUAGAACAGGUGCUUCGGCCGCUCCUCAUCCUCAUCCGGUCCAAGCGCCUGCAAGCCAACCUCAAUAUGUUGCUUUUACUCCCAUUCACCAUUCGUCUUCAGCAGCAAAUCAGAAUUAUGCUUAUGAACUCUUUGAUCCAACCAACGCGCAAAUGUACUACACCAGGUUGCCACCUCAAAUGGCUGCUCAGUUCCAGACCUUUCAUCCGGUCCCUGCUAUGGCUGCGAAUGAUGCAUCUGCAUCGCACUCAGCUGAGACGAUUCACCAUGGUAGCGGGUAGGAGAUUGCAACCGUUUCAGGAGAGCUGGGAAUGGAAGUACAAUUUUGCAGCAGCUGGUUUGGUCUAUCUUUAAAGCUUAUAAUACAGUGUUAUAAUUAUCUUUCACUCUUCUGUAUUGAGGAGGUCCAAAUGAUCUUUUCAUAUUGGUUUGUGAUAUGUAAUAAAAACAGUUAAUAAUAUACUCUGGUCUUUGUCUUA